AUGAGGCCACAACACAAAAUGUUUGCCUUCUGGACGGUCAUGAUGACGGUUCCGUCGUUGUCGCUGGGUUCCCGCCAGUAUCUCAUAUAUCCGUUUGCCGAUUCUGACAAAGUCGAAACCGCGUACGAAGCUGGAGUCAAAGGUACAGUGAUUUAUGAAUAUAUUACAAUAGUCUGCCAUUUUAUGAAAAAGUAUGAGAAAUGACUUUUAUAAAUAUUAGUUUAUUUACUGUUUUUUAACUUUCAAAUCUUUUAAUCUCGCUAUAUGUUAUCUAAACUUUGAAUUGAACUUUAAAAUUUAUAAAUGUCAAGCUCUAAUGUUUAUAUUCUAGCCAGAACUGCCUUUGCCGAAGAGAUGGUCGGCCAGUUUGAUGAAAUGGCGAGCAUGGAAGUGUUCGCCAACUACUUUAUGUCAUGUUCGAAUGUAGGAGCUGAUCUACAAGAUAUUCUGGACAAGAAGAUCGGCGACCAGGCUUACGACUUCAACCCGGCCAAGAUCCAAAAACAAAAGAUAUUACAAUCGGCGGGAUUCGACGUUAUAGUAAGUGGAAAACAAUAAAGAUGACUUGUUUUCAGUCAUCACGGCUGUUUACCAUACCGAACAAAGACAUUGAGAGCACGGUAAACAUAGCGUGCUUGAAGAACGAACUGCAGUUACAGUGUGCACUUGGCUUCAUGAACGACUACGAUAAGAUUCAGGAACAUAUCAACGAACUCAAAAAGGUACAGUAGUCUGUUUUCACUUAAUAUCAUAGUACUUUAAGUGCAUAACAUGGUAAACAAAAGCAAUAUAACAACAUUACUAUGUCAUGCUAUUGUUUUUGAUCGUUACAGUACAAUUAUGUCACUUAUUGCAAUACUAUUUACGACAUUUCUUGUUAUAGUGUUUGUGCUAUUAUUACAAUCUAACUGUUUACACUACAAUUAAUAUCACGUCAUUUUACGGUAUCUUUUUGUCAGUUGGAGUUACAGUAGUUUUAAUUUUGCUUAACAUUACAGUAUCUUAUUUUAGACUGACGGUAACCUAAAGGUAAUGUUCGAAGAGGAAUGUAAAGCUCCUCAGAACUCGCCCAAACUCUAUUCGUGUGUAGGACAACAUGUACAUGUGGUACGGAACCAGUGCUCGUUCCUUCUGAACCGCUACAACUACAGUAGGACCAGCUUGAACCAGAAGAUAAACACUUUGGCCGACAAUUCGAGAAGCAAAGUCAAUGCCAUUUUGAUGGAUUACGAGCAGAACAUGUCUGAGGAAGAUCUAAUACUCGCGUAGGUUUAUAUUACGUUCGAAGGCCAAUAACAUGUAAAUUUAAUUUUAAAAUUUUAAAAAUGUUAUUGGAAAAGAUUAAAGUGGGCAAUUUUAUUACGGUAUUAUUACUGUAUUCGGUAUGAAAAGCAUUUUGAAUACUAUUUUAUUUGCUUUUAUGAAUAGUAAUCAUUGCAAUUGGUAUUUAGUAGAAAGUCACCCAAAACCCACCCAACAUUAUGCUCUAAAUCAGACCUAAGCAUAGGAGAAUACAGUAGCGGGCACGACAAAAUUCAGGUUUUUUGGUUUGAAAUUAACAACAUUUGGUGACAAUCUAAAUAAAUGCAAAUUUAGCCAAAUUUAAUAGGUAAUAUUUUGAAAAAGCAAUCUUGAUGACAAACAAAUGUUCGUUCUAACGUUUCAAAUUGUGAGCGGACUGAAGUACAAAAAAGUUGGGCCAAUUUGCGUAAAAGACUACUUCACAUUGUCAAGAUGGCUUGCGUCGUACUAUUGAAAUUUUACAUAAGAGUGGUGCCAUUUUAUCAAAAAUUAUAUUUUUUAAACUUGGUUUUGCUAUAUAUAUCAGCAACUUGCUUACCUAAGCUUAUCAAAGCAUUGUAUUCAAACUGACAUUUGAGUUUAGGCUUGCUGUGGGUGUGUGGUGCAUGCUUUUUUUGUUUUUCUAUUAUUAUCAAUAAAAGCGUUAUCAAUAUAAACAAGAAAAAACAAUUUGAAAUUUACUCUUACAAAGCUACUAUUUUCAGGAACAACGAAAUCUCGGAAACCUUGAACCGUGUCAAACAACUGGAGGACUACAAGUGCAAGACCUUCAACCAGCUAAAACAAUGUGUGGUGCAUCACAUGACCGACUACUGCGGCAAAGGCACCGGCACCGUGCUCGACGCCGUGCUCAGCGUGGGGUACUUGAAGCGGGAGAGAGACGUGCAGCUACAACAACAGUUCGAGCAGUUGGAAGUCAGUCCAAGUCGACAGUGCGUAUCUCUGGUGUAA